CGACUACAGUCCUCGACUCAUUAUACAGACUACUGUACGAGUUUUGUUUGCAAGCAAAGGGAAGAAUGAGCCUGAAGGCGCCCGUAUUUUUGUAAAAUCGGACCUUAUCAACUUACACUCAUGUUCACGUGACAUGAAUUAAGCUGCUGCGUACGUCAGCGUUGUGCAAAUUACAUAUUUUUGGGCCCGUUUGCCAUCUACAUCGAAAGGAAAGGACCACACAUGAAGACGAAGUUGGACUAAAGCGGCUUAUUAUUCUGCAGUUUUAGGAUAAUAUGGAAUUUAGUGGUGAAGGCACCACCAGAUACACCCUUUGUUUUGACCUAUUCUCGGAAAAGGACAUUUUUGAGUCGGACACAAGGAUAUCAGACAUUUAUCUGGAAACUCUAGUGCAGAAAAACGUUGCUCAGCCUUUGGCAACAUUCAGGAGGAGCAGCUGGAUAGAUAAAGUUUGGGAAAAAAAAGACGUAUUCUGCCCAAAAGACAACUCAGGAGAAGCCAGGAAAAUACCACUCUCUCAGUGGAGUGAUAGAUUGAAAAGUACUAGAUUGAAACUGAAAAGACAGGCACCUGCAAAAGCAGAUACUAUAGACUACAGAUUCACCGCUGUGGAGAUCACCCCCAUAGACCCAACAUAUAUCCAAAUGUCUGCUUCUCAAAGCUUCAGUCAACUUUUGCCCUCUAAGGCUAGCUCUGGCUCGUACAUAACGGAUAAACUUUGUGCGGAGCUUCUUGGUUUCGGAGUUGUCAGACUAUACAAGGAUUCGGAGGACCAUGUCAAUCUUUUCAAAAUUGAUUCUGCUGGUCUGAAACAUGUUCCGGGCGAUGAAACCACCCUUGCAAUAUUGUCUGUCCCGUUUUACUUCAGUGCCAGUGACUUGCUUCUCGGGUUUUUCGACGAAGAGGAUGCGAAAGAACUAUCCCACAUCCGUCUUAUCAAGUCUUCAUCUCCCAACAGAUUUAUGAUACUUCUUAAGUUUCGUUUGAAAGAUGCAGUGAAACCUUUCAUGAGAAAAUAUCAAGGCCGCAAGUUCAAUUCGUUUGAACCAGAGACGUGCUCUGUUGUGGAGAUAAAGGAAAUAGUAUUCAGGCCCAAAACUAAAAGUGAAAGCGAACAUACCAAAGUUGCACUUCCGUAUUUGCUUGAAGACCCAUUCACGAAUAAUGGAGAUGAAGUUCCUGAAACUGCGGUAGAAGAGGCAAGAUUAUACACAGAGCUUGCAACAUGUCCCGUAUGUCUUGAUCGAUUGGAUAGUAGCGUGACUGGGUUGUUUACUAUUCCAUGCCAACAUACCUUUCAUUCUUCUUGCUUAUCCAAAUGGAAAGAUGAUACAUGUCCAGUUUGUCGAUAUUCAAAUAAGAUUGGUAAUGUAACGGACAAUUUCUCAUCUCUCUCCUUGCUUGAAACUUCCAGCAGCCCUGAUAACAAUGAAGAGUGCAUGGUAUGCGGGCUCACCGAACAUUUGUGGAUAUGUUUGAUCUGUGGUAACGUUGGUUGUGGUCGCUACGACCAACAACAUGCAAUAGAACACUGGAAGGAAACGGGGCAUUGCUUUUCAAUGGAAACUAAUACGCAACGAGUUUGGGAUUAUGCAGAAGAUGGAUAUGUUCAUAGGCUUGUUCAGAAUGAAGCGGAUGGGAAAAUAGUGGAAUUACCACUUCGAGAUGAAAGUAAAAAGACCAGUGAUGAAAAAGUUGAGAAGAUUGGUUUUGAAUACUCUAAAAUGCUAAUCGGACAGUUAGAAAGUCAACGUGAGCAUUACGAGAAUAUUAUAUCAAAUCUGAAUACUGAUUUAGCUUUCCAGAAACAAACAUCUUUACGGUUCACUGACAAAGUGAGCUGGAUGGAGAAGCAAAUCCUUGAUAUAAAUGCAAAGAUGGCAGCAAAAACUAAGCAAAUGCAGAGUUAUGAAAAAAUGGGACAGCAGUUUACUGAGCUGAAAAAAGAGCUUGCUGAUACAAAUGCACUCAACGAAGCAUUGUCUUCAAAAAUGGCAUUAAUUGAAAGCGAAAAUGUUGAGCUAAAAAACGAAAAGAGUGAGUUGCAGGAACAAGUCACCGAUUUGAUGUUUUUUCUUGAAAGUCAAGAGAAGUUUAAGGAUGCUUCGGAUGACGUGAAGGAAGGACAGGUAGUGAUGGUUCCCAAAAAAAGUAAGACGAAGUCGAAGAAGCGUUGAAUAUGAUGCUAUAAUGGCAAACGAAAUAUUUAUAGAUUUAUAAGUUGGUUUUGUACAAAGAACUUGGCUAAUUUGUAAACAAACAAAGCUAUGGUUUUCCGCA